CGGAAAUGUUGACAAGAGGCCAGGAUCCAAAGUUGAAAAGAAUAACAUGCAUUCUGCAAACAGAUUUCGCUUUGAUUUUUACUCAUUUGGCGGUGCUCACGCUAUCCAGUUGGUGCUAAAAAUGUUUUCAAUUUGCGAAAAGCCAAUGUUUUAUUUUGUUGUUGUUUGUGUUUGCUGAAAUAAUGUUGGAGAUCGGUAUUUACAAAAAAAAAGAGAAAACAAAAAUUACUUGUGUAACAAACUUUCGAUAAAAAUUAAAAAAAAAAACUCGAUCAAAAUGUACAGUAGUUUCGAAUUGUUCGUUAAUUUUUAGUGAUUUCGACGAUUGUGUGUGUUUUUUUGCGGGAAAAAAUUGUUUGUGUGGAAUUUGGUGUACGGACAUAUUUCGGAAGUGUGACUUUGCCAUUGCAAACGAUAGCAUAAAAAAACGGCAAAUGAAUGUUAACGACAGAAACAGAACAAAUAAACAGAACUCAAAAUUUAUUUGAAAUAGCUGAAAGCAUUCGUCUGAGUCGUAGCAUCAUUUUGCGUACAUUUCCCAUAACGCACAUAUGCACAUGCACACACAUACACCGUGUGAGUGUCAAAAACAUACAAACGCAUAAUUUUGCACAUGUAAUUCCACGCGCGUCGUAUCUGUUUGAACGGGUUUCGCGCGGGAGCUAGAUAUUGUUGCACAUUCCAGCGAUACAAUCGAAUUGACUAUAACGAAAUUAUUCCAAUUUCAUUGCAACGUAGUCACUUUAAAUGAAAACACACGCUCGUUUGCACGCUGUCCGUGGUCUGGCCGUUUGAAUAUUUUUUUUUUGUCUUCUGUUCGUUUGUUGCUGAAAUCACCAAAGCCAGCAAUUCGAUAAUCGGAUUAUUGUGUAAUUCAUUCUUGCAUUAGAAUUAGCGAAAAGCUAAAUUAUUUGCAGAGGAAACAAACCCGAAAGAAGAGCAGCAAAUCCUAUGAUUUCUCAAUCAAAACCAUCACACGCAUUUGAACGUGUUAGAAGUGCUUUAUUCAUUUACUAAAUUGGUUGUGUCUUCAUAAAUAUUGAAGCUGAAAAUAAACAGGAGGAGUGUAACAGAAAACUUUAAUCAAAUCGACUAGAAAGAGGCGUUCAAAUUUGAAAAAGGCCAACAUCAUUCAGAACACUUAACACGCCGAAAUUGGUGAUGAUAACUAAAUUUCGGGUCAAUUUUAUUCGCUACCGCUAUUGUUGCUGCUGAACUGACUGAAAAUUGUUACAAUACACACAGAAAAAAUCGUGUGUUUUGAGAGCCAUUACACGCAAAGAUUGGGUUCCGUGCUCACUCGCUCGCUCACUCGUUCGUUCGAUGUCUAGAGAUCAUUUCUCGGCGGUCCGAUUUAUUAUUUUGUCACAGUCUGUUCAUUCGAUUAAACACAGCAUCAAGUGCAAACCAUACAAAUGAAUUUCUUCCGUUUGUUGCUUGGUUAAUAGCAGCUGAUGAUUGUGUAUAUGUUGAAAUGUGAUACAAAGACAGAAUGUGUACAGCACCAAGUGAUGAAUAAUUGGUCUAUCGUCGGGUGUACGCGCUGUGUAUUUGAUGUGUGAGCUGUGUAUGCGCUCCCAUCCCAGAAAAAGUGUUGUGUGUUGUGUGUAGACAGUAAAUGUAUGCGCUUUUAUUUUUCUUGCUGGCAGUUUCAUACGUUUCAACAACGAAGGUUGAAAAUACCAAAUAAAAAACCAAAAAUUUUAAGGUAUAUGUUCAUAACGGUCAUUGAUAUAGUUACAAGUUCAACGAAUUUUGAUGCAUUUACCUAUUUACCGAUAAACAUUAUAUAUAACCAAGGAUAUUAAAAUUAAAACAAACAAAAACGGCGUGUGCAAUAGUGUUGUGUUCAAACGAAUUGAAGAAAGAUUUCAAAAUACAAGUGAUCGGCCAAUUGUGCAGAUUCCGUAGUUGUUUAUUGUUCAAUUGUUCAAAUACUCGAUUUUAACUUUCAACUGCAAGAUUGCACCAUGAAUGCUUCAAUGUCAUUUCAAGAAAUAGUGGUGUCAUCAUCAUCACCACUGUCGUCGUCGUCGUCAUCGACAGGAGCAUCAUCAGCAACAACACCACCGACUGUGAUGAGUUGCAUGCUUCGAUGGCUGUUUGGUGGCAAUAGUCAGAAAGUCAGCACUUUGAGGAAAACUCAACACAAACAUUUGUACUGGAUUUUAAUUAGCUUAAACAUUUUUAUUGCUCUGGCGUACUGUGAUGACGAUAUUAUAGCACCAUCGACACAGUCAUUCCCACAGAAAAGGAGCGGAGUGCUCAGUGGUACGGCCGCACGAGAGGGUAGUGUGCUCGAUGUUAAAGACCAUUGCAAUAAAACGGUGGAAAUUUACGAGGAUGUUUCGUCGCCGGACCUUACAAAUGCCAAUCGAAAUCGACCGUUAUUGUGUACAUACCGAUUUCGAAGCUUUCGCGGUGCACCACGUGACUGGGUGCUACGCAUUCGAUUCAAAAAGUUCAAAGUUGGAAACAUUUUAAAUGCAACACACUGCGAUGGCGGAUAUUUGCAGAUUGUGGAUGGAAAUGCCAAAACAGAUGUAUCGAAUCGUCGUGAGCCGGGCAUGUUUUGCGGCGAAGCAGAACAACCUCAAACGUUCAUUAGCGAAACGAGCUACGUAAAAAUCAUAUUUUUUGCCGAGAACUAUACGGAUCAGACCUACUUUUCGUUCGAUUCACGGGCCGAACAACAAAUGGAGGUGUAUUUACGAUACGGCCAACAUCCGGAACUGUAUCCAAAUCGACGCGGUGAAGUGGUUCAAGGUUCGUAUUGCGAGCGAGAAUUUCGGGAUUGUCGUCUUCAAACGUGCUACGUGCAAUCGCCAGCCUAUCCCGGCCUUUACCCGAGGGCUCUGAACUGCCGAUAUCGCUUGCAUACGCGCCAGCCUUUCAUUAAAUUGUAUUUGCAAAACGAACACUUUUCUGUCGAUGGUCAACGAUGCGAAAAUAUUAUGACAUGUCCGAUGCGCGAAAUUGGUUCUGGCUCCAAUCAUUGUCCGUACGAUUGGUUGGCCGUUUACGAUGGCCGAGAUGAGCAUGCACCAUUGAUUGGUAAAUUCUGUGGCGUUGGCAAGUUUCCAUACAGCAUCAUCGGCACAUCACAGCAUAUGUUUGUGGAAUUUGUAUCAUCUCCGGCGGGACCCUUGUUGAAUACGGGAUUUCAUUUUAACGUUGGCAACUGGCCGGGUCAUGUUGAUACUGCUGGCAGUCGGACAGGUGCAUGCGAUUGGAUGCUCAGUUCGGAAGCUCUGAAGGACUCGAAUGCGUCAGAGGGAAUAUUUUUAAGCAUCGCUCAUUGGUACCCACCGAAUACAACAUGCAGCUACCACAUUCAAGGAAACGAAGGCGAAGUCGUCCGUUUGUACUUCCCAAGCUUUCGAAUUAAUCGAAUCGAGGCACCAAUCGUUAAAAUCGAUAUGGAUUGUGCUGAGUCGCUGACAAUUUACGACUCAAACCGAGCUGAUCCAGCACGUAUCAUCAAAACAUUUUGUGACACAUUCUCACGGCCAAUGGAAAAGAUUGACUUUGUCAGCACCGGUCGUUCGUUGUAUGUACGUUUCGAUAGCAAAACCGGAAGCUAUAGCGGUAGUUCAUUGUAUUACUGGGCACACUAUGAUUUCUUCAAUAACACCAAGUUUGGCGAACCCAUUCCGAAUACCAUUUGUGAUGAAGUGUUUUAUGCAUGGAAACAUUCACAUGGUCACGUUCGUUCGCCGUUGAAUACGUUGAUUUUUAAACGAGCCACCGGCACCGAUCUACGCUGUCAAUAUAAAUUUAUAACCGAUAAACGGUUGUAUGCCCGCGUGCUCAUUGAAGUAACAUCGGUGACAUUCAAAGAUCUACCGUAUAACAUGAAUACAUGCACUCGUUGCCACGAAGAACGUGUUGAUAAGCUCAUCAUUUGGGAGGAACGGGAGAAAGCACAAGAGCCAUUGGCCUGCUUUUGUGAUGACAUCCCUCGAGCGGUGCGCAUCAUUUCGUCCGGCGAACAAAUGAACUUGGAAAUGAUUGUGCAAGGCCAACAUUCACAGAAUAGUUACUUUAAAAAUCAAAGCCCAUUGUUUCAAGCGAAUUAUGAGUUUGCGCAUGGGCCAAUGUGCGGACCGAUUACGCUUGGGCCAUCGGCAGAUGGUGAACUAUCGUUUCCUUUCCGCAACAAAGUGAAUUACUAUCAGCCGACGGCGGAUCAUCCAAAGCGGGAAAAGUGUAUUUGGGAACUGAAAGUGGCUGGCGAACGUGAUUUAUGGAUGCAUUUGGACAAAGCUGAAUUUACUGACAAAUCAUGCGAAAUGGCUCGCAUUGAGGUCUAUCUAGCCGGUAGACUUGAACCACGCUUUGUCAUUUGCCCGGAAAAUGUCAGCUUAGCGCAUGGUUUACCAAUUUUGUCGGCAGCCGAAUUGGGCGCUCUCGAUAAUGACAAUGAACCAUUACCUGUUGUGAUUCAAUACACCGGCGACAGUACGCCCGGUCGAAAUUCAUUCCGAUUGCUGUGGACUGAACUUUUUCAUCUGCCUCGUAAUUCCGAUGGCAAUUUGGCGCGUUCUUAUCUAAAGGAUUCCGAUUGCGAUUUCAAAUGCCCAGGCAACACAACCGUUUGUAUUCCCAAACAUUUGGUGUGCAAUGGCAUUUUGAAUUGUCCAAAUGUUACAAUGACUUCGACACUCGAAACGCUACAGCAAAAUGUUCGUGACAAUCUCAAAAUGAUGGAUAUUAUCGAUGAAAAUUUACUGAAACAUGGUCGGUAUUUAACCGACGAAGAUCCAGCCAUUUGCAAUCGAGGCAAAGAACUUGAAGUACCUUAUGUGAAACUACUGUUCAUCGCAGCCGGAUUGAGUUUGUUCUUUACCGUUAUGUUAGCAUUGGUUUGCCGAUACUGCUGCUGUCGAAAAAACUAAACACAUACCAUGAACAAUAACAAAAAAAAACGGAAACAGCCUAGAAAAUCCACUGAAAUGUUGUCGAUUUAAAUUCUUUGCCGAUUUUCAAGGAAUGUUGGAAAAACGAUGUUAUUUUUCUUGGGUAUAUUUGCAUUUGAUAGUAUAUAGGUUCAUCGUGAAUUAAACUUCAAGUCAUGUUGAAUAAAAUUGAGAAGAAGAAGAAGAUUCGACAGCAUUUGUUCUGGAAAGCAAUAGUUAAUGAUGAUGAGAGUCGGAAAAUCAAAAUUCCUAAAUAGUAAUGAGACACGCAAUUUCACAUAAUAAAACCAAAAUAAGAAUGUAACAGACCAAGACGAUGAUAAGUGAGAGAGAGAGAGAGAGAAACAAAAAUCAAGAAAGCAGACAACAACAAAUAAUAGCAAAUUGUAUUUUAAUACCUGAAAACUGAUUUUAAAAAAAUAGCAGAAUAAAGCAACAAAAUUGAAUAAAACGAUUUGAAAAA